CCGACGUAGAAAAUUUCCCCUUUCACUAUCCCGGCCAAGCGCCUGAGCCAGCAUUUGGCCUAGCACGGCAACCUUGCGACUAUACAAAGGGGCCUGUACGCCUCGCCAUCCGCGCCGACUGCAUUCCCAACAACCCGCCCCCCGCGAGCGUCGCCAGCGCUCCCGUACCGCCGCCAUGGGGCUCUCCAAAUCCACGCGCAUCAUGAUCCUCUUGGGCAUAGACACGGCCUUUUUCUUUGUCGAGUUGAUUGCGGGAUAUGCAGUGCAUUCCCUGGCGCUGGUGGCCGACUCGUUCCACAUGCUGAAUGAUGUCAUAUCGCUUCUCGUCGGACUGUGGGCAGUCAAGGUGGCCAGCCAGAAGACCAAUUCCAAGACAUACACAUAUGGGUGGCAACGCGCCGAAACCCUGGGUGCGCUGAUCAACGGCGUCUUCCUCGUGGCGCUGUGUCUGUCCAUCUUCCUCGAAGCCAUCCAGCGCUUUGUCGAGCCCCAGGAUGUUUCGCACCCCCAGGUCAUCCUCGUUGUCGGUUCCUGCGGUCUCCUCUCCAACAUUAUCGGCCUCUUCCUCUUCCACGACCAUGGUCACAGUCACGGCGGCCACUCGCACUCGCACUCGCACUCGCACGACGCACACUCGCAUGCUGAGGAGGGACACUCUCACGGCGCCCACUGUGAAGACGACGUUGUUGCCGACGAGCGCGGCAAUGUGGCCGAUGUGCUACCUCAGAACCGCGUUGGCUUCCCUUCGAACCUGACGCAAAGCCCCGCCAAGUCGAACGGAAUUACAUUCUCGCCUGAUGCGGACAAGCGCCGCUCUUCUGUAUCUGGAAAGAAGACUAAGCGUCGUCACAGCCGAUCGCAGUCGCGUACCUAUGCCACUUUGGACGAAAUCUACGUACACCCCUCGUCUUUCCGUAAUAGCAUUAUUGAAUCUUCUCGGCUACGUGACGAAGAGGCGGAUACUGAAGAGGAUUUGGAGGCAGACGAGGAGCCGACUGAGCGGACUUCAUUGCUGUCCAAGGCAAAGGGCAAUGGAGCACACGACUCGCACGCACACGGAAAAGCGCAGAAAGAUCAGCACAAGGAUCACAAGCACAACCAGCCCAGACAGGCGUCUUCCGGGGGUGGACAUGGCCAUUCUCACGCUGACCUCAACAUGCGCGGUGUCUUCUUGCACGUCAUGGGCGAUGCUCUGGGCAACAUUGGCGUCAUUGCCACAGCCUUGUUCAUCUGGCUUACCGACUACUCAUGGAGGAUGUACGCGGACCCUGCCGUGUCGCUUCUCAUUACCGUCAUCAUACUCCUCUCUGCGCUGCCGCUCUGCAAGGCGGCGUCUCGCAUCCUGCUGCAAGCCGUUCCCGAGAACCUGUCCAUUGAUGAUAUUACCGAAGAUAUUAGCGAUCUCGAGGGCAUUGUCUCGUGCCACCACCUGCACGUCUGGCAGCUCUCCGACACCAAGCUCAUUGCCUCGUUGCACGUGCAGGUCGACUUUGACUUCAAGGGCGAGGGCUCUGCUAGGUACAUGGAGCUUGCACGCCAGAUCCGUGAAUGCCUCCACGAAUACGGCAUUCACUCGUCGACUAUCCAGCCAGAAUUCUGUCUGGAUGCCAACCACGACCACUCGGCGCAAGGCUCAGACGAAAGCGGCGCAGAGGAUACUGCCGGCACCAGCAAGAACCCAAGUGUCCGAGAUGGGCCUGAUGCCUGUCUUUUGGAGUGCUCUGACACGUGUGGAGGAGGGAAGCAAUGCUGUGACCCUGGCACCACUGGCCCCAACAGUUCGUCGUAAGCGUGUUAGACUUUAUUCUUUUUUUUUCUUUUUUCUUUUUAUCAUGAUUGAUUAUUGUUUGUAUACUAUUGUGUUUGUGGGUGGUUGACUGUUGGACGGGACUGCAUGUCGGUGCAUGCGUUUGGAGCAAAGCCAUGGGGGGUUUGAUUGCCAGUCUCUUUAUGCUGACGAGGAAGACGACGGGUAUUAUAGAGGCG